AUGUCGUACGUUUACAGAGAGCGUGAGCGCGACCGCGACUAUGAUGACCGCAACGUCACCAUCAAGCGUUACGUCAUGCCAUCUGAUGAAAGAGAAGAACGACGAGAUUUCAUGAUGAGUCGAGACGAUUCCUACGGUGACCAUGAGCUGGUCAUUCGGCGCAAGACAGAACGCGAAGAACCGGUGACGAUUCAGCGCUACGAGAGAGAUAUUGAGUAUGAACCACCUGUUCGUCGCUACGAGCGGGAGUAUUAUGAACCCCGCUUCGUUAGCCCCCGCCAAUCUGAGUACGAAGUAGACGACUACCGCCGCCGCCGAGAUCUCAGCCCUGGCGACUCGGUCUCGCAGGUCAGCCGUCGCCGUGGUCGGACAGACUAUAGUAGCGAUGACGAAUAUUACUAUCACGAAGAAACUCGCACUUACGACGAUGACCAUCCCAAACAUCGCCGCCACCUGGCAGAAGGUGCCUUGGUCGGUGCUGGUGCAGCAGAGCUGUUCCGCAGCCAUCGCAAGCGUGAAGGUGAGGAAGUUAGCCAUGGUAUGGGCCACGCUAUGAAAACGGCUGGCGCUGGCGCAUUAGGCGCAGUGGCUGUCAAUGCUGCCUCGCAUGUCCGCGAUUACUACCGCAGCAAGAGCCGCAGUCGACACCGUGCUCGCUCAUUCGACGAUGAUCGUUCUUCUCACCGUCACAGCCAUCACAGCCAUGGCCGUCGCAGUCGUAGCCGCAGCCGCUCUCACUCGCACUCCCGCGCAAAGACCCUCAUGGAGGUUGGUUUAGGUGCUGCAGCAAUUGCCGCCGGUGUUGCAGCCUUGCGAAACAAAAAGAACACGGAUGAGCGUCGCGCCCGCUCUCGUACCCGUUCUCGUUCUCGAGCUCGCAGCAGCACUCGCACAGACAAGGAUGAUGCGAGCAGCGUGUCUCAGCGCAACAAGCACGCUGCGGGUGCUGGUUUGGCUGGUGCGGCUAUUGCAGGACUUGUGGAACAUCACCGGAGCAAAUCUCGUUCUCGUAAGGGCGAGCGCUCCCACAGCCGACUGAGAAAGGCGCUUCCUGUGGUUGCCGCCGGCCUCGGUACCGCAGCUGCUACUAGCCUCUGGGAGAAGAACAAGGCCGAGAAAGAAGGGAAAGAGUCAAGAAGUCGUGGAACAAGCCGAUCAGGCAGAUCUCGCAGCCGUGGAGCUCCGGACAGCGCAUACCCCGAUCCAACCCGUGACUCUGCAGGCCUGAUUGAGUAUGGCAAAGACCCUGUUACCGGCAGCAUCCCUGCUGAGCACUACUAUGGUGCUCCGGCGGAUGCCCCCUACUACUCGGAUGGUGGAGAGUACAGCCGUCGCCGGAGCCGCAGCCGUAGCCGCAGCCGUGGUGGCCGGUACAAUGACAGCUCCUCUGGCUCAGACCGAGGGUCACGUCGUCGGAACAGAAAGCACCGCAGCCGUUCACGAGAUAUAGCUGGAGCAGCACUUGGUGCUACAGGCUUGGGAUAUGCCGCUCACAGAUACUCUCAAUCUCGGGAACGAAAGAAGGCCGAGCGGGAACAAGAUAGGGCUCGGUAUGACGACACUGUUCACCACGAUCCAUACGAGGAGUCCUAUGAUCCGGAGCCCUACCCGGCUUCUCAUGCCGCUCCCGGCUACCAGGAGCCUCCAGCCAACUACUAUCCCAACACCAAUAGCUUUCCCCCGCCUCCAGGAUCCACUACAAACUUGCAUGGUGCACCUUCACCAAUGGCCUACAAUCCUGCGGACUACCCACCUCCCCCCGGCGCAGCACCCCAGCCCCAGCCAUACAAUUAUGGAGCACCAGGCCCAGGAACCGAGCAGUAUGCCCCGCGGCCACGGAGGGUUGAUGAGAAUGUGAGUGCCCAGCAGCGCUCCACCCUACCCACUGAUCUCCACACGCACGAUGAUCUAGCCAAUGAUUCCCAACUGGCCGAAGCAGAUUCCUCACCGCGAUCCAGCAGCCAAAGUGAACCGCCUGCAUCCAAGUCCGUCUCAUUCAACCUGAAUUCAGACAAUGAGCAGCUCACAGAUCGUGGAUACGAGACGGAUGACAGUGACUCUACCAUCGAAGAUGGACAUCAUUCACAUCACCACCGCCGCCGACGCUCGUCUUCCGUGCCUUAUCCACCCACGUCCCAUCACCGUUCCGCUGGUCACUACCCCAGUCAUGCACACCCCCAGCACCAUUCAUCAACCGACUUAUCAAAACAUAAAGCCCCAGAAUUAGACUCCGACUCGACGAUUGAUCUCCCUGAGCGGUUUGAUAGAAAAGGUCGUCUUCUCAAGGAAGAAGAAGACGAUCCAACCGUUGCAAAGAUCGAGGACUUUAUCAAUCGUUUCACAAAGGUCUUAUUCUAG